GGGGACAGUUUAUUUACAUCCGAAGAGGCUGUGUAAGUUUAGAGGGAAGCCGCUGCGUGUGUCUCCCUCUUUACUUUCACCGACCCCCUCCUCCGCUGGCAGAAAUUUAUAAAGAACAAAAAAUCCGACGAGGGAGGGAGGGGGGUUGAUAUACGCCGAGGCUGAAAUCGAGAGGCGAACCCAGGGAAAGAGGAGUAAUUUGUACACGGGACUUUCCCCCUCUUAGUCCCCCCAAAGGAGGGGGAAAAGUCGCAAUAUUGGAAACGAAAAGGAAUGAGCUUCUAAGGGCGUGAAAACGUCUGCAAUUGUGGAUACUUUAUAUAUUUUUAUUUCGAAAAAAUAUGGCCGAGAACGUUCUGGAGGGUGGCCCGCCUUUAGCCAAGAGGCCUAAACUCUCCUCUCCGGCACUUUCCGCCUCCGCCAGCGAUGGAAAUGAUUUCGGCUCACUGUUUGACUUGGAGCACGAUCUCCCAGACGAGCUCAUCAGCUCUAAUGAACCGGGCCUGAUCAAUGGUGGGGACCUCAGCCAGUUGCACACCACACUGGGAGCAGGACCUGCAGGAGGCAGCGGAGGGCCAGGGGGAAUGGGUCUUGGCCUUGGCCCUGGAGGGGGUCCUGGGGGUGUUGGCGGAGGCCAGGAUGCGGUGGCCAAGCACAAACAGCUGUCUGAGCUUUUGCGUUCCGGGGCACCCACCUCAACCCAACAAGGGCACCAAGGAGCCAUGGGAAGCCCAGGAGGCCCCACUGCCAUGGGGCAACACUUGGCGAACAUGAAAGCAUCCCCUGGCCAGGGGCCUCCGCAGAUGAUGGGCCAGGGGCAGCAGCACCUUUCCCCUCAGCAACAGGCCAACAUGAUGCAGCAGCAACAGAAUGCUGCAGCUGGAAUGAUGGGUGGCAUGAACAGGGCCAUGAUGGGAGCGCAACAGAAAGGCAAUAAUGGACAGCAGCAGCCCGGCAUGAUUGGGAACCAAGUGAUGAAUGGCUCCCCCAGGAUGGGCUUUGGGAAUCAGGGGAUGGGUGGCAACAGCAACCUGUUGGCUGAGACCCUACAGCAGCAGGGAGCUGGGGGCCAGGCCGGGAUGAGAGGCCAGCAACCUGGGGCAAUGAACAAGAUGGGGAUGAUGGGAAACCCAGGGGGCCCUUUUGGAGGUCCGUAUGCAGGGCAGGGGAAUCAAGGUCUUGGAGGUGCAGGGCUGGGCCCUCAGCUCCAGAACAAAGGUCCCAUGGCUAACAGCCUGGCCCAGUUCAAUGUGGACAAGAAGAGCCAGCCCAUGCAAGGAAUGGCCACCAUGGGCUCCCAGCAGUCUCAAACAGGUGUGGGCGGUCCCUCUGGUGCACCUGUGGCAGGGGCCCCAGGUAUGGUGCCCAACGCUCAGGCAGGUCUGGUGGGUCCUGGUACCCAGGUUUCAGCAGCAUCUGCUGCAGCCGGAGCACCACCCACAGCUGACCCUGAGAAGCGCAAGCUAAUCCAGCAGCAACUGGUGCUCCUGCUUCAUGCACACAAGUGCCAGCGGCGGGAGCAGGCCAACGGUGAAGUCCGGCAGUGCAACCUUCCCCACUGCCGCACUAUGAAGAACGUCCUCAACCACAUGACUCACUGCCAGGCUGGCAAGUCCUGUCAGGUUGCUCACUGUGCAUCAUCAAGGCAGAUCAUCUCCCAUUGGAAGAACUGCACGCGGCAUGACUGUCCUGUCUGCCUGCCACUGAAGAAUGCUGGGGACAAGAGGAACCCGCAGUGUGAGUCUUUACUUGGUGGGGCGGCUGCAGGUCUGGGCAGCUCCCUUGGGGCAGUACCCGGUGGCCAACCAAGUACUCCCAAUCUCAACCCACCGAGCCAGAUUGAUCCCAGCUCCAUAGAAAGAGCCUACGCCGCCCUGGGCCUCACCUACCAGGGCAACCAGAUCCAGGUUCAGACUGCCCAGCCCAAUAUGCCCAACCAAGGCCUCCCAGGCCAGGCUGGCAUGAGGUCUCUGAACCCAAUGGGUGGGAAUCCUAUGGGAGUCAAUGGAGGUGUGGCAGCUCCAACUCAGAGCCAACCAUCCAACCUACUGCAGGACACUAUGAUGCACCUCAAUGUGAACAGCCAAGGUCUGAUGAAUGAUGCCAGCGGGAUCGGCUCCAUGCCCACAGCUGGCCCUCCUUCCGCCACAGGCAUGAGGAAAAGCUGGCAUGAGGACAUCACGCAGGACCUACGAAACCACUUGGUACACAAACUUGUUCAGGCCAUCUUUCCGACUCCAGAUCCUGCAGCCCUCAAAGACCGUCGAAUGGAGAACCUGGUGGCCUAUGCCAGAAAAGUUGAGGGAGACAUGUAUGAGUCAGCUAACAGUAGAGCUGAGUACUAUCACCUGCUAGCGGAGAAGAUCUAUAAGAUCCAGAAGGAGCUGGAGGAGAAAAGGAGAACUCGACUCCAGAAGCAGGGUCUAGGCCUUGGGCCUGCCAGCAUGGGUCAGCCCCCUACUGGACUGCCUCUAAACGGCCCCCUCCCUGAACCAUCAAUGGUGCGACCAGCUGGACCAAAUCAGAUGGUCAACAGGAUGCAAGGCCCAGGUAUGAAUCAGUUCAAUCAGAUGGGGAUGCAGUCUAUGGGACAGAGGUCCACGCCUCCUCUCCCCAUGGGAGCAUCUGGCAACCAGAUGGGAAUGGUUGGACCCAGGAUGGGGCAGCCCAGUGUGAACCAACUCCAAAACCAGUAUCUGUCCCAGGGACAGUUUCCUGGUUCAGGGCCAGGAGUUGCAACAGCUCAGCCUGGGAUGGCCCAACCUGGGGCACAGGCAGGCAUGCCACAGACGCAGAUGGGCACUCCUCCAUCUCUUCCAGUUGCUAGUCCUCUAGCACAACCAGGUUCAGCCAGUGGUCCCGGUAGUGUCUCCGCAGUGGGGCCUAUGGGUCCUCAGAGUGUGGGUGGUGGAGGUCCUAACUCAGCUGUUGGAGCCCCUGCUUCCUCAAUGACUCCAUCUAACACAAACCAGCAGCCCAACUCCAUCCCCCAUUUGGCAGCCAUGCGCGGCAGCUCGCCCUCCCCUGCUCAUAGCCGAUCUCCUACUCCUCACCAAACACCCCCCAGACUAGCCGGGUCCCAGACCCCACAGCCACAUACCCCUAAUGCACCACAGCUGGCGCCACCUUCAGUCCCCCAGCAGAAUCCACUUAGCCAGGGCCCCGGCUCCAACAAGUCCCUCCAGCAGCAACACAUGGGGCCAUCUGGUUCGACCACUCCAUCUCACCCUGGACUGGCCUCCAGCUCAACGCCGCAUAGUGCUCAGCUGCCACGCACUCCACUGUCACAAAAGGGUUCAUUCCCAGGGGACAGUCAGGCCCUGACUCCAGCCUCUGUCAGCAGCCUGGACACGUCCUCCCAGCAGCCACAGUCGGACACUUCCGCCACCAACCUCGACCCCAAGAUGGAGAUUAAGCAGCAGGAUGAGGAGGAGGAAAGUGAUACAGGCAGCUGCUCCAAAGGAGGGAAGCUCAGCAACCUCAAAACAGAGGAAAAGCCUGUGAAAUUAGAAGUGAAAAAGGAAGCGUGUUCUGGAGAGGGAGGUAAAGGGAUUCCCAUGGAUACAUCGACGACAAAACUGUCAGCGGGCAUCAAGACAGAAGACAGGAAACCGGAGGUAAAGAAGGAGGUGAAAGUGGAAGAGGAAACAUCGGAGACAGCUACGCCACAGGCCCCUGUGAAAAAGAAGAUCUUCAAGCCAGAGGAGCUCCGCCAGGCCCUGAUGCCCACACUCGAAUCCCUCUACAGACAAGAUCCAGAGUCUCUGCCUUUCAGAAUGCCUGUAGACCCACAACUGCUGUGCAUACCUGACUACUUUGACAUUGUGAAGAACCCCAUGGACUUGUCUACUAUCAAGCGAAAGCUAGACACAGGUCAGUACCAGGAUCCCUGGCAGUAUGUGGAUGACAUCUGGCUGAUGUUCAACAACGCCUGGCUGUACAAUCGCAAAACAUCCAGAGUCUACAAGUACUGCUCCAAGCUGGCAGAGGUUUUUGAGCAGGAGAUUGAUCCUGUGAUGCAGAGCCUCGGCUACUGUUGCGGGAGGAAGUUGGAGUUCUCUCCUCAGACACUGUGCUGCUAUGGAAAGCAGCUGUGCACUAUUCCACGAGAUGCUGCUUACUUCAGCUACCAGAACAGGUACCACUUCUGCGAGAAGUGUUUCAACGAGAUCCAGGGAGAGACGGUUUCCCUGGGCGAUGACCCCACCCAGCCACAGACAUCAAUUAACAAGGAUCAGUUUGAGAAGAAGAAGAAUGACACACUGGACCCUGAACUGCUUGUUGAAUGUAUGGACUGUGGACGCAGGAUGCAUCAGAUUUGUGUCUUGCACAAUGACACAAUCUGGCCAUCGGGUUUUGUAUGUGACGGGUGCUUAAAGAAGGCAAAUAAGACGAGGAAAGAGAACAAGUAUUCUGCCAAAAGGUUGCCCCAGACGAAGUUGGGCUCUUACCUAGAGACGAGGGUGAAUGACUUCCUGAAGCGUCAGAACCACCCAGAGUCUGGAGAAGUUACCAUUCGCGUCGUCCACGUCUCUGACAAAGUGGUGGAGGUUAAACCAGGCAUGAAGUCCAGAUUUGUGGACAGUGGAGAGAUGUCGGAGUCUUUCCCAUACAGGACAAAAGCCCUUUUUGCGUUUGAGGACAUUGAUGGAGCAGAAGUCUGCUUCUUUGGUAUGCAUGUUCAAGAGUACGGAUCCGACUGCCCUCAGCCCAACCAGAGGCGAGUAUACAUCUCCUACCUGGACAGUGUACAUUUUUUCCGGCCUCGCAGUCUAAGAACAGCAGUCUACCAUGAAGUCCUUAUUGGCUACUUGGAGUAUGUCAAGAAGUUGGGGUACGUCACUGGUCACAUCUGGGCCUGCCCACCUAGUGAAGGGGACGACUACAUCUUCCACUGUCACCCUGCAGAUCAGAAGAUCCCAAAGCCCAAACGCCUCCAGGAGUGGUACAAGAAGAUGUUAGACAAAGCUGUGGCAGAGCGGAUAGUGCACGACUACAAGGACAUCUUCAAGCAGGCAACAGAGGAUCGUUUGACCAGUGCCAAGGAGUUGCCUUACUUUGAGGGUGACUUUUGGCCCAAUGUGUUGGAGGAGAGCAUCAAAGAGCUGGAGCAGGAAGAGGAGGAGAGGAAAAGAGAGGAGAACAGCACGUCCAAUGAGAGUAUUGAUGACACAAAAGGUGACAGUAAAAACGCAAAGAAGAAGAACAACAAGAAGACAAGUAAGAACAAGAGCAGCCUGAGCCGAGCCAAUAAGAAGAAGCCAGGGAUGCCCAAUGUCUCCAAUGACCUUUCGCAGAAACUCUAUGCCACUAUGGAAAAACACAAAGAGGUGUUCUUUGUGAUCCGGCUGAUUGCAGGCCCCAUGGCAAAUGCCUUGCCCCCUAUUUCAGACCCAGAUCCCCUGAUGGCAUGUGACCUCAUGGAUGGCCGUGAUGCUUUCCUGACAAUUGCCCGGGACAAACACCUUGAGUUUAGCUCGCUGAGGAGAUCCAAGUGGAGCUCCAUGUGCAUGUUGGUGGAGUUACACAACCAAAGCCAGGACCGCUUUGUAUACACUUGUAACGAGUGCAAGCACCACGUUGAGACUCGUUUCCACUGUACCGUCUGUGAGGAUUACGACCUCUGCAUCACAUGUUACAACACUAAGACCCACGAGCACAAGAUGGAGAAGUUAGGCCUUGGUUUGGAUGAUGAGAGCAGCAACCAGGCUGCCGCUACCACUCAGAGCCCUGGAGACUCGCGUCGCCUCAGCAUCCAGCGCUGCAUCCAGUCCCUUGUCCAUGCCUGCCAGUGUCGAAACGCAAACUGCUCUCUACCGUCCUGCCAGAAGAUGAAACGUGUUGUUCAGCACACAAAAAGCUGCAAGAGAAAAACCAAUGGUGGCUGCCCCAUUUGCAAGCAGCUUAUUGCGUUGUGCUGUUACCACGCCAAGCACUGUCAGGAGAACAAGUGCCCAGUCCCGUUCUGCCUAAACAUCAAGCACAAGCUCCGCCAGCAGCAGCUGCAGCACCGGCUCCAGCAAGCCCAGAUGCUAAGAAGGAGGAUGGCCAGCAUGCAGAGAGUGGGCCAGCCCACUGCUGGAGGAGGUCCUGGGGGCAAUGGCCUGCCCUCUCCGGGAGCCAACAAUGGAGCAACUGGCCCUGGUACGCCUACAUCUGUGGGCACGCAGCCUCCUACUCCCCAGACACCCACUCAGGGGAACAUGCCUGCACUUCCGCAGCAGCAGGGAGUUGGGAUGGGUGCAAUGGGAGGAAUGGGAACUCCAGUCCAGCAACAGCAGGUUCAGCAGCAAGGUGGUACCAUGCCCCCUCAACACCAUCUCCAUCAGUUUCAGCAAGUGGGUGGUGGAGGGGGUAUGAUGAACUCUCCUCAGCAGCAUAUGGUGCCUCAGCACCAGCAGCAGCCUCCCAAUGUCCAGCACCUCCAGCAACAGCAGCACACUGGUUUGCCUCCUUACAAUCCCAGACCCCCUGGAGCCUCUCCUCUCCACCAGUCCCUGGGAAAACCUGGACUGGGUCCAGCUACCCCACCCCAGCAGCAGCAACAACCCAACCAGGGCCAGGGGUCCAUGCCUGUUCAAGGCCAGCAGCAAGGGCCCCCUCUGGCUGCUGUAGAGACAGCUCUAAAAAUCCAGCGCCUAGCAGAGACCCAGAGACAGAUGGCUCAGGCCCAAGCCCAGAUUCGUGGCCUGGGACAAGGGGGCAUGAUACCCCAACAUCCUCACCACCAGAACAACCAGGCCCAGAUGGGCAUGCCCCACAUUGGGGCCCAGGGCAUGCCCCCCCAGGCUCCGGGAGUUGUUGGCAGGACUAUGUUAGACCCACAGCAACAGGGAAUGUUAGCAGGGAUGCAGCAAGGUGGCCCUCAAGUUCAGCAGCAGCUCCAGCAGGGAGGUGGUGGACAACUUCAGUCAGCAAACCAGCAGUGGGGUGCUGGGGGACCAGCCAUUAACUCACAACAACGGCCAGGCAUGAUGGGCCACAUGGCACCACAGCAGCAGCCAGCAGUUGCUCAACAACAGCCGCAGACGAUGAAUCAGCAACAACCGCAACCAGGAAACCGUGGACUGAUGCAGGUAAUGGGUGUAUCAGGAGGGGCAACAGGGGUUCCGGCUUCGAUAGCAAGUGCAGCAGCAUCGGGAAACCUACCCCAGGCAGCACUACAAGACCUCCUGAGAACACUGCGCUCUCCAAGCUCCCCCCUUCAACAGCAACAAGUCCUCAACAUCCUUCGUUCCAACCCAACCCUUAUGGCCGCUUUUAUCAGACAGAGAGCAGCCAGGUAUCAAGGUGGUCAGGGUGGCCCUGGAGGAGGAGGGCCUCCACCUGGGGGCCCUGGAGGUGUGAGGUUCCAGGGGGCUCCUGGAGGGCUGCCUGGAAUAGGAGGACCUGGGGCUAACCAGCUUGGUAACAUGGAUGGACAACAGCAGGUUAAUGUGAACCAGGCAGGACAGCCAGGGAUGAACAUGGCUCAGGGUGGAGCAGGGGGAGGGAACAUGGCCACCAUGGCUCAGCUCCAGCAGUUACAACAACAGCAACAACAGCGCCCAAUUUUGCCCGGGAAUCUACAGCAACAGCAAUUGGCUGCAUUACAACAACAACAGCAGCAGCAACAGCAGCAGCAGCAGCAACAACAACAACAACAACAACAGGGAGCAAUGCAAGCAGGGCAACAAGGCAACAUGACUAAUAUGUCGCCACAGUUCAGAGAGUUGAUGAGAAGACAUCUGCAGCAGCAGCAACAACAGCAACAGCAGCAGCAGCAGAUGGGAAACCAUGGACAGUUUCAGCAGCCUCAAGGACUUCAGCAGCAGCAAGGCCAGCAAGGGUUCAUGCAGCCUGGUCAGGGACAACCAGGGAUACCCCCCUCUUCCCAAGCCCAGCCUGGGGGUGGAGGCGUAGGGGGUCCCCAGCAGCAGCAAGGAGGACCACAGGGUGGGCCAGGACAGCUAGGCCAGCAGCAGGGCUACUCCAACUCCAUGGCACAAGUAGCUGCAGUGCUCCAGCAAAGAUAUCAGAUGCAGCAGCAGCAGCAGCAGCAACAGCAGCAGCAAAAUUCAAUGGGUGGGCUUCAAGGACAAGACGGAGGGCCUGGUGGAAGCACUGGUGGACCAGGAGGACCUCCACUCCAGCCUGGACAAGGCGGACCAGGGCAGGGGCAACAACCGCAAGGUGGAGGGGGUGGUGGGCCCCCACUGGCGCAGACGCCACAAGGCAUGCUUCACCAGAACAUCCACCAGAGGCUCCUGCAGCAGCAGCACCUUGGUGGGGGCUCUCCAGCCCAGCACAGCAGUCCCAUGAGCCCCCAACAGCAGAUGGCGCAGUCCCCCCACCCCCAUCUCCAAGGACAAGGAGGACUUGGUCCAGCAGGGUCGCUCAGCAGUCAGGUCAGGUCACCUCAGCCCUCGCCAAGGCCGCAGUCGCAACCUCCACACUCCAGCCCAUCCCCACGCAUGCAGCCCUCCUCCCAACCUCAGCCCCAGCCCUCGCCUCAUCGCAUUUCCCCGCAGACCCAGACCGGCUCACCACACCCGAGCCACCUAAGCCAACAUCACCCCAGUAUGGCACCGCCCCAGCCUCCACAACCCCAACAGCAGGCGCUAUCCCAGCAGCAACAGCAACCAGGUAGUUCUGUAGAUCCCGGUCAGUUCAGCUCAGACCAGAACUCCAUCAUGUCCCAGCUGAGUGGGAUGACAGGGAUGCAUGGUGGGCAGGGGGGACAGUCGGACAUGUUGGGUGGGAAUAAUAACAGCAGCAACAACAACCAGGAGCUGGGAACGAACAUUAACCACAGUUUAGAGCUAAUGUAGCCUUGACUCCAUACUGUCUGUCUUGAUGCUCUGAUCAGUUGCCCCAAACGACAAACUGCCAUGAAAGGAGAGCGAGGCGGGACUACAGCUUUGGGGUUUUAGAAGUUUUUAUUUUUUAUUUAAAUAUUUUUGUGAUGUAUAAAUAAGAACUGAAGCUUCCUUCCUAUGGGAGAUGCUACAUAAAUCUUAGAAGUCAAUAAAUGAAUAAAUUAAAACAAUGGUAAGUUAUUGCUGUUAAUAUAUAUCUAUAUAUUUUUGCCAAUUGUGUACAAAAAGGUGGAAGGGCAGUGUUUCAGGUUGAAGAUAUUUCUUCCUUAGUCUAUGACACAAUAUUUUUGGGGACUGAGAAUUUUGCCUUUUUAUGAAUAUUUUUAAGAUUUUAAAUGUGGCUAAAAAUUAAAGUGAGUUGACACGAUGUACCUUUUUUAUUGUUCUGUUUUCCUCCUCAAAUACCCAGUCAUAAUUGUAUGUAUUUUGCAGAGAGUAAGUAUAUUUUAUUUCUGAAUUAUUCUUUUUUCCCCCUCAAUGGAUCGUAAAACAAGCAU